AUGGCAUCAAGGCUAACCUCGGGCCACAAGGUUACCCUUCCUCAAGCCACCAUAAGCAUUCCAGCUCGGCAGAUUCCAGAUGCCGUCUCCCUCCCUCACCUCAAACUGACAGUGACGCCGCAAGUGACAAUCCCUGACGACCUCGCGCCCCGCAAUGCCAAGGGAAAGGCCGUUGAAGACCUCUUCAAGAUCGUGGUUCCUAUUGGAGGCAAGGUCGUCGUGAAUUGGCACGUCGACACCACAGCCCUCUUUGGCGUGGGCCGGCAUACCGAUGCCGAGGAAAUCCAGCGCAUGCUUGAGGACAAGGUCCGUGAAUGGCUGCAAAGCGUACGUGUGGCACAUACCCCGGUGAUUGGCCCUUGA